GAAGGCGUGAAGGAGAGACGAACCGCUCGCUGUUUGCUGUUUGGGCAGCGAAGCUGCAGGCAGGAAGUGGAGUGCUCAUGUGGGGGUUUCUUCGGCUUGGGAGGGCGUGGCUCGCUCAGGAAACAGCAAAUUCAUCAACAGUUGCACUGAAAACAAGUCCAGCUCGACACAUUUACAUCCAACGCCGCUGCUUUGGCUUGAGCACCGUGAGAAUGGCGCCGGUCCGGGAUCCCAACACGCUGUCCAACUACGAUCAAUGGCGCACAAAGCACACAACCGCUAACUUCACGGUUGAUUUCAACGCCAAGCGCCUGCGCGGGUCUGUGGUCCUCGAGCUCGAGUCGCAGACCGAGAAGGCCAGCAACGAGAUCGUCCUCGACUCCAGCCAUCUCGACAUCUCUUCCAUCAGGCUCAACUCAGCGCCCUCGCAAUGGGAGGUCAAGGCACGCUCCGGACCCAAUGGCUCUCCGGUUUAUAUCUCUGUGCCUCACGGUGCCGCCAAGGGGGAGGUGGUCAAGCUGGAGAUCGAGCUGGCCACGACUGACAGGUGUACCGCGCUUCAGUGGCUCACCCCCGCCCAGACGAGCAACAAGAAGGCCCCAUUCAUGUUCAGUCAGUGCCAAGCUAUCCAUGCGCGCUCCAUCUUCCCCUGCCAGGACACGCCCGAUGUCAAGAGCACGUACGACUUCAUCAUCCGCAGCCCUCACGUCGUCGUUGCGAGCGGUGUCCCGGUGCCGGACGCAACCGAGGAUGUAGACGGAGACAAGGUCUACAAGUUCCAGCAGAAGGUUCCGAUCCCGUCGUAUCUUUUUGCCCUGGCUUCCGGUGACAUCGCCAGCGCCCCUAUUGGCAGGUGCUCUUCGGUCGCCACCGGCCCCAACGAGCUGAAGGCCUCUCAAUGGGAGCUCCAGGAUGACAUGGACAAGUUCCUGGACGCUGCCGAGAAACUUGUCUUUCCCUACCAAUGGGGGGAGUACAACGUUCUCGUCCUGCCUCCGAGCUUCCCGUACGGAGGCAUGGAGAACCCCAUCUUCACAUUUGCCACGCCCACCAUUAUCAGCGGUGACCGACAAAACAUCGAUGUCAUUGCUCACGAACUCUCCCACAGCUGGAGCGGCAACCUGGUCACGAGUUGCAGUUGGGAGCAUUUCUGGUUGAACGAGGGCUGGACCAUGUAUCUGGAGCGCCGUAUUCUGGCCUCGAUUCACAAGAACGAUGCAUAUUUUGACUUCUCCGCCAUCAUCGGCUGGAAACAUCUCGAGGAGGCGAUUGAAGAGUUUGGCAAGGACCACGAGUUCACCAAGCUGUGUAUCAGCCACAAGAAUAUCGAUCCGGAUGACGCCUUCAGCACUGUGCCGUAUGAGAAGGGCUUCCACUUCAUCUACUACCUCGAGCGUCUCGUGGGACGGGAGAACUUCGACAAGUUCAUCCCCCACUACUUCGGCAAGUGGGCGAACAAGUCAUUGGACUCAUACGAGUUCAAAGACACGUUCCUGGAGUUCUUCAGCACCCCCGAGUACGCCAGCCUGAAGGAGAAAAUCGCGGGUAUCGAUUGGGAGGGCCGGUUCUACAACACCGGUCUCCCGCCGAAGCCCGAGUUUGACACUUCGCUGGUCGAUGUGUGCUUCCAGCUUGCGAACCAAUGGAAGCAGAAGGAUUUCUCUCCCAAGCCGUCCGAUACGUCGUCCUGGACCGGCAAUCAGGUCCUCGUGUUCCUGAACGUCAUUCAGAACUUUGAGGAGCCCCUCACGGUGGAGCAAUCGCAAACCCUUGGCCAAGUAUACGGGUUGGCCGACUCAAAGAACGCCGAGCUCAAGUCGGCCUACUAUCAGAUAGCGAUGAGGGCCAAGGAUGCCAGCUCGUACCCCGGCGUCGCUGCGCUCCUCGGAGAAGUCGGCCGCAUGAAGUUUGUCCGCCCGCUGUACCGCAGCCUGAACAAGGUGGACCGGGACUUGGCGUUGAAGACGUUCGAGAAGAACCGCGAUUUCUACCAUCCCAUCUGCCGUCAACUUGUCGAGAAGGACCUGGGCUUGGCCGAGGCGAAGUCAGCCUAGACGGUGUUAGUGUAG